AUGUCACAGGAUUAUAUGGACACUGUCAUACAGAGUAACGAACUCCCGGUCAGCAAUGGCCAUUCAAAUGGCUUCCUUGACCCUCGAGUUCUCAAUAAAUUAGACGACCUCGAUAUCCCUGAUUCCACGGACUCUCGAGAAGAUUCCUUCGAAUCCGAGUCGAAGCUCGACAUUGCAAUACCACGCAGAGCCUACCUUCCAACUGGCUGCUGCUACGAUAUCCGAAUGAAGCUACAUGCAAAUGCCGACUUCUCUGCAAGCCCACACCACCCCGAAGACCCUCGACGAAUAGAGUCGAUCAUGGAGGAAUUUCGAGUCGCUGGUUUGAUAUACACCGAUGGAAGCACAGAACAGCUCAUGGAGAUACUUAAAGAAUCGCCGGAGAAAUAUAUGUACCGAAUUCCUGCACGGAGAGCUACCGAAACAGAGAUUUGCACUGUUCACGAUGCAGCACAUUACGACUGGGUUCAAUCGUUGAGCAGCAUGACUUCAACUCAAUUGCGCCAAUUGACAGCUGACUUUGAUAUGGGUCGGAAAUCUCUCUACGUUGGCAAUCUUACAUACGAAGCAGCCUUGGUAUCAGCUGGAGGAGCUAUCGAAACCUGCAAAGCCGUCGUCACUGGAGUUGUCAAGAACGCUGUCGCAGUCAUUCGACCUCCAGGGCAUCACGCAGAGCACGAUGAGUCUCUCGGCUUCUGCAUCUUCAAUAACGUUCCGAUUGCGGCGAAAGUAUGCAUGAAGGAGUUUCCUGAUCUCUGCCGGAAGGUCUUGAUCCUCGAUUGGGAUGUUCAUCAUGGAAAUGGCAUCCAGAAUAUGUUCUACGAUGAUCCAAACGUCCUCUACAUUUCUCUCCACGUAUACAGCAAUGGUACAUUCUAUCCUGGUCAGCCUGAAAAUGAGGAUUUACCCGAUGGAGGCCUUGAUAAAUGUGGCAUAGGAAGAGGCAUUGGUCGCAAUGUCAAUAUCGGCUGGGCAGAUCAGGGCGUUGGUGAUGGUGAAUAUAUGACUGCUUUCCAAAAGAUCGUGAUGCCAAUCGCACACGAGUUUGACCCAGAUCUGGUCAUAAUCUCCGCCGGUUUCGAUGCUGCCGCUGGAGAUGAGCUUGGAGGAUGCUUCGUUUCGCCUGCCUGCUACUCACACAUGACACAUAUGCUCAUGGGCUUAGCAAAUGGAAAGGUUGCUGUCUGUCUCGAGGGCGGUUAUAACCUGAGAGCUAUUUCGAGGUCAGCAUUAGCAGUCGCCAAGACAUUGAUGGGAGAACCACCUGAGCGAAUCGUCCCUCCACCACUCAAUCGGGUCUCAGCAGAUACUAUCAACAUGGUAAAGCGGAUACAGGCCAACUACUGGGAAUGCAUGCGACCAGGUGUCAUACCUUCAGCAGAAAUCCAAGUUCGAUCUACAGAGAGAAUGAGCGACGUUAUUCGGCGAGCCCAGAAGAGUCAAUUAUACGAUGAGCAUAAUAUGAUACCCCUGAAGAUCAUGCGUAAGGGCUUGACGGAGCAAUACGAAAAUCAAGUCCUAGUUACACCGGAUCUGUACAAGGCAAAGAAGGUUAUCAUGUUCAUCCAUGAUUCACCCGAUGUUCUGGCACAACCAGAUCUCCACGACAACAAGAUCUAUCCUCACAAUGCCUAUGUGACCGACGAGCUCAAAUUAUAUAUCGAUUGGGCCAUACAAAACGGCUUCGGUGUCGUCGACGUCAAUUUUCCCAAACCUAUCUACAAAACCAACAACUUUGGCAAGGAACUCGACUCCUACAUACCAAAACCUUCCGAAAACCUUUUGGCGAACCAGACCAAGGAACUACUUACCUACAUCUGGGAAAAUUGGUUGGAGCUCUUGGGCAGCGUCAGCAUUACUCUUGUCGGUGUGGGUGACGCAAAUAUCGGCAUCAAACAAUUGCUCACUGCAAAUGAUGACGUCUACAAGAAAAUUCCCUCAGUCCUGUCCUUCAUCGACAGCAACCUCCGCAGCGUAAGAUCCGAAACAGACCCCGGCCUCUCAGCUUGGUACCGCCAACACUCCCUCCUUUACAUAAUGCCCGACCACGCCUGCUUCAGCGACCCGAUACAAUCCCGUAAAGUAGCCAAGAAGAGUUAUGGUACCGUGAGAGCUGCCAACGUCGAGGUUGGCGAAAGCGGUAACCCGAUCGGCAGAAUGCUCAGAGCACAUGCAGAGGCGAGCAAGGAGUGGAUCUUAUCAAGGGUGAUGGAUUGGGAAGCAGAGAAUCUGCAGGUCGAUCCCGAUGAGACGGAGGAUGAGGACGAAAGCGAUAUCACGAAUCCGGGGCUGGGCAUUCAUGGAGGGGCCGUGGAUGGGGAUAUUGAUAUGGCGGGGAUGGGGGGAAUAGUUAGUUCGAGGAUGCCGGUCUUGAGCUGA